CUUGGAACACCUGGUUUCCAACCUCCCAUGAGUAAGACACAUGUCAAAUAAACUCUCACAGUGCAUGCCUCCAUUCCAAACCAUCUUCCUCUCAUCCAUUCUCAAACAACACUCAUUAGUCAUCACCUCUUCCUUCCAUUGAUCCUCAAACUUCAACAUCACAACAAUGGAAGGUCAACAAAAAGGCAUAAACAUAAUACAAAAAAUAACACUACUCACAAACUGGUUUCCAAACCUACUUGAAACCCAAAUAGACUUUAUAGCCAAUACUCUGUCUUCCAUCUUAAUCCCAUCAUCCUUCAAAUCUCCUCCCCUUUCCAAUUCUACCCUCGAUGAUUCGGGUUCAGGUUCAGGUCGGGUUCAAGCUCUAAAGAUGGCUCGAAAAGUCGGGCAAGGGCUACUCGGUGCCGUUUACGCGGGCACGGUCCUAAGCUUGAUGAUGUUGUUUUCAAUUCUACUUGGGGUGUUGUUGGUAAAUUAUUGGGUAGAACAUCCUGUAGUUAUAAGAGAAAAGUUGUACUUUGAUUAUACUGAUGUUAAUCCUGAAGCUGUGUUUGUGUUUAGAGGAAGAGAAGGUAGAAAGAGUAGUGGAGUACCUGUUGGGCAUACUUUUCAUGUUUGUGUUCAAUUUGUGUUCCCUGAUUCCGAUUAUAAUCGUGAUGUUGGUGUCUAUCAGUUGAUGGCAGAAGUUGUGUCAACCAAUGGAAAAGUAAUAGCUAGAUCAAGCCAACCUUCGAUGCUAGAAUUUCAUAGCUAUCCUAUAAGGCUAAUGCGUACAUUUAUAAUGAGCUUCCCUAUAUUACUUGGGUUAUCCCGAGAGACUCAGAAGAUGAAAGUGCAAAUGCUUCGAUACAAGGAGGACAACAAUUUAAGAACAGAAGCUAUUAAGAUCACACUUAUGCCUCGUGCAGGGUUUCCGUACUUACUACCUCAAAUCUACGAGGCCGAGAUUAUAAUGCACUCCAAGUUACCUAGGUUGAAAGAGUUGAUCCAUGAUUGGAAAUGGACUUUCUAUGUGUGGACUUCAUUGUAUUUCUAUAUUAUGCUUCUUUUACUCCUCUUUUGCUUCUUUAGAUCCUUCUUACUUUUUCCGAUCGUAAGAGCAAGUGAUCAUCAUGAAGGUGACGGAAGAGGAGCCGAUGCUAUAAGAGAUGAGUCAUCGGAGGUGAGAAUGCGAGAAGGGAAAGAGUUCUCGGAAACACUUAGAAAAUGGCAACAAUGUAGAAGGAAGAGAAAGGCCGCGCUUUUGAGUAAAAGUGCUUUUUCGGAUAUUGUUGGUUCAACAUCGGCUUCAAGUUACACUGUGUUAAAAGAAGAUCUCGGUCCUGCCUUGGAAGAAGAUGUUGGUGACUCAGAAUGCUCGUAUCCUUUGGUGAGCUAACUCUUGCAUGUUUAGUUACAUCUAUGCAAGAUAAUGUUGGCUAAAUUUGAUAAUUAGUAAAUGCAUAAGCAAAAUGUAAUAUGUUACCAAAUGGGGUGUUAUGUUUUAUUUAUAAUAAAAAAGGGUUAAUGAUAUCUUUUCUUUACUAUUAGUACUACUUACCAGUACUGUUAACAUUCAUGUUAUAUAUACACCCUUCAGCCACAUCUGCAUUCAGCAAUGUGAUCGGUAAUAUGAUCGACAACUACGUUUAUCGCAUUGCCAUUGCUAGAUGCUACGAUACGACUUUUUUGGUAAAACUUAGGAUGAUGUUUAAACCAUAGUGUAAAAUAGCAUGAAUUUUUUGCUCAAUAGGUUGUUGUUUUCAUUUUUGUUUCCCUAUGAAAUGAUAAGAGUACAUGUCUAUUUAGUGUUCUCUUUGAUGUUGUUUUCAUCAGAUUUUUAACACCUUCAAAGUAUUGUAUUGUACUAUGAAGCGAUUGGAAUUAAGAAGCAGAAGAAGCAUUAGUGUAAAUACUUGGUGUUCGUUCAAUAUGUAAACACGACGGAGACGGAAUACACAUUCGAUUAAGGCGAUCUCUAACCCAAUUUUUCCAACAACGUAUUUUGAGAAUGGGGUUUUAUCUCAGUUGCGGAAUAAGUAUGAACUUCAUUCAGAAAAAUGGUGUCGGUGUCGGAUUUAUUUUUCUUUGUUUGAUUGUUCUUCUCAAGUGUUGGAUCAAUUUGAGAUCGAUAAAUGGCAAUGUUUGUUAUGUUAGACUUUUAGUUGUAAACCAAUACUUGAUCUUUUUUGUUCAAAUA